AUGAGACUUUACAGUCAUUUCGUGGCUUUCACUAAGGUAAGUACCUCCUUUUAUUAUUUCGCAACAAUGAUCUCGUGUAUAACCAGUCAGUUGAAAUCUCCCUAUUUUGAUUUUAUCCUUUCUAGAUUAGCUUUGUGAUCCUGGUUCUUAAGCUGAACUUUACGGUUAACGAUGGCGGUAAGUUCAGUUAUCAGAGACCUUUAGCAUCAGGUAAACCGCAAACCGCAAGCCGCAAACCGCAGUUCCGCGUUUGCAGUUUCGCGUUUCCGAGAUUUCAAACUUUAGCAAGGCCUUCAGUUCAGUUCAGUUCAGUUCAUUUUUAUUUAGCCAAAAUAUAAUACAAUACAAGAAUACAUAUUGGAAUUGUAAUGUUGUAAGGGAGCCCAGAAGAAACCAGAAGGCUUUAUGAAGCCUCGGCUCACCAGUCUCAAAGAAAUAAGCAAAUAAAAUGAAAUUCGCGAAGUGAUACGUUAAUAAAAAAUUGUAACUAAAGAGAGACUGAGUUAAGUUAUGAAUUCAGUGACAAAAUGGAAAAAAAAAUUAACCCUGGAUGGGAACAGAAUACUUUCCUUUGUUAGUACGGCAGAAAGGAAUAUAAAAUUGAUUUGAACUACGCGUUCAUUGUUUAGGGCCGCCAUGUUGUUUUCAUCAAGUCGAAGUGCAUCACUUUAAUCGCCCAAAAAUCAGCAAUAAUUCAUUGAUUCGAGAUCAAAAAUCAAACAAACUCAUCGCAAACGGGUAUAAAAAGCUAGUUCAUACCUUUAAACGCGAGGCUGUACAAUUUUUUGUGGCAAAAAACCUUGCCGUAAAUCACUUACCGCUGGAAGCCCUUCCUGCGGUUCAAACGUGAACUGCAAACUGCAAACGUGACCGCAAGGCCGUGGUCACGUGACAUUUUGCGGUUUGCGGUUUGCAGUUUCCCAUGAAAAACGUGAUGCUAAAGGUCUCUAAUAUCGCAAUCGACGAUUUGUUUCUGGAUUGAUUUAGUACGCGUGCAAUUAGCGACGACCGCAAAUACGUCUGCGGUCACAGGUUAUACGCGUGUAUAAAUACACGAAAAUUCAAGGGUCUUGAUUUGAGAGAAAUUGCAUCAUUGCCAGAGAUCAAAAACGUGAUAAACAUGGCGCGUCAUUUCAAUCAUCCUCGAAAAUAAACCGCAUGCUCAUCACAAGACUCAUUUGCAUACAAUGAAAGUUUACAACCCUCACCAUCGAAGUUUUGCUAAUUAAGAUUCGUGGACCGACCCUUCCCGGAAAAGGUCUAAGUCGCAUUGAUCUUUCCUAUUAAAGCUUUCUUCGCAAAACAUAUGUGGCUUCGGUACGCAACGAUUCUUAUUCCCAGUUUCCACGGUCUCCGCUAGGAACGACUGGAACCAUGACUUCCCUUUUGUCUACUAGAUACGAAGGAAGUAAAAACGGCUUGUAGAUUAAGAGUCUCGCUGCUACGCAAGCGAGACUAAUAAAUUUGCAUUAAUGCUGGCCACGUGAGUGAAAACGCUCUAUUUUAGUGAGCCUGUUCCAGGUGUUCACAUAGUGGGAUGACGCAACGAAAACAGAGCAGGAAAACACAACGAGGGGGUGGGGUUAGUGAGAGAGGUCUUCCAAUAUGUUUUCCUCCGCUCUCCAUUUCAUGACACUCUCCACUAUCUGAACGCCUCCUGAAACAGGCUAAUUUGAGUGGUGCUAAAGAAUCUUUCAAGCACCAUUUUCGAUACUCAUUACGUAAAUGCCGCGACUAGCUUUAAGGGGCGAUGUCACAAAGAUAUUGGAGUGUAAGGUCAAUUUGGAGCUGACGUCAUUACUUAGUGCCUUUUACCAUUCACAAAAUGCUCCUGUAAAGUUAUGAAGAAGAUAUCAGGGAGUGCUAACCAGAAUUUAGUAAAAUCCAGCAAGUGGCCUAUUGCUGUACUCCUAUUGGUUGAGCAACUACUAGGCUAUAUGUUAUAGCCCACUAGUAGCGAAAAGCGCCGGCUUCUUGGCGACAAAAAAGGAUUAAAUUCUACCUUUAACUACCUAAAGUUGUUUUGUCUCGGUAUUUUUUUGCCAACUAGUUGGAUUUUACUAAAACAAUUAUUCCUCUCGCCCUCAUGGUCUCUGAGUCAAUAGCCCAUUCGGCCCUCGGCCUCAUGGGAUAUUGACUCAGAGCCCAUUUCGGCUCGAGGAAUAAUUGUUAACAACUACUUUGGUGUUUUUUACAGGCAUAGCAUUAAAACCUGAAAAAGUUGGCUCAAAUUCAUCCUUGCCAUCCACAGCAACAGAAGAUAUAAAACAGUUUCAUUGUCUAAAUACAGUCUUAAAUAACAAAACUUGACCAUCGAUUAUUUAUGGCAGUUAAUUGAUGCAAAGAAACGUUUAACGUUUAAACAAGAUAAAAAAAAAUAGUGUGACUUAAGAUAAAGUUUUCGCGAACAUGUUGCAAGUUUUUCUAACCCCAUGUAUUGUCACUGCAAUGUCAUUUAGCGGUAACAGUGGUCAGUCGGGGGGAACCUGAAGCACAGCUGAUCUGCCAAGGAGAUACAGUUAAACUUAUGUGUGCAAACUCGUUCCAAGCAAUUGCCGUCUACACUGCUUUAUACGGACGCGAAAAAGAAGCAGGACCAUGCCCUUUUCGCCAACAAUUAGUAAGCAACGAUACCAACGACAAGUCGUUAUGUCCCAUGAAGAAUGUUACACUGGAAAUUAUGGGAAUCUGUCACAAGAAGAAGCACUGUAGGAUGACGUUGAAUCAGACCCUUUUAGGAACGCACUGUCAGGGGAUUUACAAGUAUCUUACUGUUAUUUUCAAGUGUGGUGAGUAUCUUGUUUGAGGUUUCCGGUACACUGGACAGCUUUUCGUGCCGACAAGAAAAGUUGUCGGGUACAAUAUGCACUGCAACGGCACAGACUAAGAAAAGAACGGUUUUCCUCACUAUUAUUUUUUUGAAUAAAUCUCUCACAUUACUAUGAGGUUGGUCCUACACAACUGUACCUUUGACGUCUCUUUUAAGAAAAUUCUAAGAUGGCUCAUAGACAUAUCCCUUAUUAACGUCCAGAAACUCACUAACGAAAGGCCAAAAACAUUUAGAAUUUAGACACUUCGUAAAACGGUCGGUAACAUUGACAUCACUAGAAACUAACAUUAUCGUGGUAACGGUCUACAUAGAUUAACAGAUUAAUACGAAAAACAGUUAGUACAGGUAAUAGCAUGAUUUGUAGUGAUAUUUGGCAUUAAUACCACGAGUGAUAUUUCAGAAUUGUUGUACGUUAUUUCACGAGCCGUUAGGCCAGUGAAAUUUGAGACAAUUUUGAAAUAUCACGAGUGGUAUUUAUGCCAAAUAUCACGUAAAAAUCAUGCUAUUGUUUGUUAAUACUACUAUUCAAUAAAUACUACUAUUCAAUUUAAAAUUGAGCUGAAAGACCACUGCUCUAAGCCACACAAAUUGCAGAAAUUUCUCAUGUAGUAGUAUAACGUUCCUCACGUCUGAGUGCCGAGAUGGUAUAAAGGCUUUAAAAUAUUAUGAAUAAAGAUGUCGCAAAAAAUACAAAUACAAUUUAACAACGCAAAUGCAAAUUCGUCUACAGUUUUACAAGUCAACGAGACUGGUAUCCAAAUACAACCCACAACAGAACCCAUCACUGUUAAAACACGUGUUUUAUCAACGACUAACAUGGGAACACUGAGAAAAGGAGGAGAACGGCCAACAAGUGGCGACAAACUACAUUCCACGGGCGUCUUCGUGGCGACGGCAGCUGUAAUAAAGCAGCAAAGAUCAGUGGUUGAGAUGGGUGUGGCAGGAUCACUAUACCUUUGGUUUUUUUUCAUUAAAGGUAAUGUUUUUCUAGCUAAGGAUGUGUGCCUCUCUUUUUGAAAAUAUUUUAUUUCUUCGAUCGUUACAGUUUUGUUAUUGAAGUUGUUGGAAAGAGCGUGCCGUUAAAGAAAUUUUCAUAUUUAUAGUAGAAAUCUUGUCUUGGCAAGGUAAUUUAUAUAAUCAAUACAUAUAACAGAGAUGAACAGGGGAUGUCUCGUACUCGAAGUUAACGUUUUAACUACCAGUAAAAGCAUUCAUUUGAUUUGAACGGUUUCAUUUCCUGUAGAGAAAAAAUCCACAUCUGUGACAGUGUUUAUUCUGAGCGCUCUCGGGGCAGCCCUUACCAUGGUCGGAGUUGUGGUCUGCUUUGUAACUCUCCAGAAAAAGAAAGAGUUACUAAAGCUUGACAUCAUACACAAACCGAAACGAUUCAUAGCCCUGUCACAAGAAGCUAAAAGAGACGACAGGGAACAAGGUGAAAAGGCUUUCACCGAUCACGAUGGAACUUUGCUUCACAAAGUUGGUCCUGAGGUUGUAUUUUCGGCUCAAGACGUUAGCGAUCAAGUGAAAAAGGAGUUUCACAUUGAAUUCGGCAGGUGAGCUAAGGCGUCGAGCGAGGUUUUUAAAGAACGCCUUUUACAGUUUUAACACUGUUGGUUUAGAGGAAUACCUGUUUGCAAACAUUUGUUUGAGUUAUGUUAGUCUCGAGUAAUUUUACAAAAGCAACGCCACGUUUGCAGUCCAUAUAACUGAAAGAACACUGAUAAUUAUUGACCGUAUUAAUUCAACCUAGUUUUGAGGUAAAUUUGCUCUUUAAAGUUCCUUUAUCUCUUCCAUUUCAAGAUUCUUUCGGUUGUGAUAAGUGAAAAGCGUACGGAAUGUAAUAUACACGAAUACAUCCUUGAUUGUGAGCUUCUCAAACUCAUUAAUAAUUCAUAAAGAAAAUUCAAAGGAAAUUAAUGCUUAAUGAGUGUUUGGAUAUCGGAUGAAAAACUGCUCAUUUUUGCAUCCUUAAUUUCUCCUUCAAAAAUGAUUUCGUUUGAGAAGAAAUAUCAAACAUUCGACACAGUGUUUCAUCACCACAUGAAACACCUCGAAGUUCUUCAAAAAUACUCCGCUACGCGUCGUAUUUUCAACUCUCUUCUUGGUGUUUCAUCUGGUGAUGAAACACUGCGUCUCAUGUUUGAUAUAUUACUUCAAAUGCUUAUCGUUUGUGUCUUUCCAGAAAUGUUCAUUUAUUACGUUAAGCCUUCUUUACUGGUGAAAUUGGAAAGAAACGCAAGGUCGUAUUCUUCUAAAUCCGCAGUAAAUGCAACCAUCCAAGUUUAAAAAUGUCUAAAAAGCGCUGUAAGAGGCCUUGUUUUGCACCAUUAAGUUUUCAUGGCAUUGACUACAAAAAGUAUUUUGUAGGUUUAAGAUUCCUCAUUCAUCUCCUAAGGAUUACAGUGGGCUAGAUCGAUAUUGAUUAGACAACUAGGAAGUUCUUCUAAAAGAAGUGAUCUAGUGAAAUUUGUAAUUUCAACAGAAACUUUGGUAUGGAAAAUGGAGCAGGUAAUAGAAAUAUCGAGGGAAGUAUUCGUGAGAAGCCGAUGGAUAUAAUCAACGAAAAUCAGACGAGUCUCAGGUAUUUCAUCGAAGCCCGUUCGGCCAUGGUGCGAACGUUGGGGAAUCCUUGUCACUGUAAACCUAAAAGAAAGAAGGCUUACAGCACAGGUAACAUAUCUCGUAAUCAUCAAAGACAUCACCGCCCGGAAAUGAUGAACUAUUCCACAGAGAAGAUGCGACCUCCUCGACACCUCAGUGCUGAAAAUGUGUCUCAUCAAAAUCAUCGUGCAGGGUCACACACUCCGUGCAGUCUAAGAAUCUCUGACGACAGUGGUCUGCAACUACCAAUCAACGAUAUUUUGUUUGCUUCUCUUACCUCAAAGGUAGAUAAGUAA